AUGGGCGCCAGACAGUCGUUUCCAAGUGAGGUUGAAGUAAGUUCGAAUUUUCUUUUGCUUUCUGUUUUUAGGUAACAAAUUCGAGUGAAAUGAAAAUUUUCUCAAAACUUGCACCAUUUAGCUUUCAACUUUUCCUGUCAGGCUGAUUGAAUUAAUUACUUGGUAUUUUAGCCUCGACAACGAUCCAGUUCGUCCAGUGAAGGGUCCACGGAGCGAACUCGAAGGUUGCACAACGCGCGAAAUGGUGAAAACUUCUCGGUAGGUCUGGUUAAUCUUUGAUUUCUGUGUUUAGAAUGGCGAAGAUUUUAUUUGAUGAGCUGAAGAGUUUCUAAAAGUAAUUUGCGAUUUCUGAUUUGUGCAGAAUCUCUUUUUUUCGAUUCUUAUCCAUGGAAAACUCACGUGAUGGCCUGGAUGGCUAUUUUAAGCACUGAAUUACGCCUUUAGUUUGUUAAAUACAUAGUGAAAGGUCGUUGAGGGAACCCUGUUUGUAUUUUAAAUAAAAAUUUAUCGGAUUUGCAACUUUUUUUGGCCUUAUCUUAUUUUAGGUUGUAAUAGAAGAAAUUGAAAGUUCGAUCAAGUUAUGGCUGCAACUUUGUGUUUUCGGCGAUUUUCUAACACAUUAGGUCCUAUUUUAAGUCUUUAUCUGAAUUUUGAACCGAAUUUUGUUUAUUUUUAUCAGUUUUUGACUGAUAUUACUUUAGGUCCAUAAAUACCUAAAUUUACAAUUUCAGACAGAUUCAGAAGACUUUGAUGGCAACGAAUUUGCGUCCUCAUCGAAUACAGACCCAUCCGCACUCCGAUUUUCAUUUCGGCCUCCCUCGUCGAGGAUCUCGUUCCUUCAGGCCAUCUCAGCGGGUAUGAACCAUGGUUCGAAUAUGGCACAUUCAUCGAGCAGUGAUGCCCGAGAACGUCGUUCAAUGCCCGCACUCAAGUUUUUGGGUAAGUUGGAGGAUUUAAGAGUGAUAUUAGGGUUUGUGAAAGUUUAUUUGAGCAAAUCUAGUUAUUGGUUAUAUUGUAGUUAG